AUGUCGGAUCGUAUAUUAGAUAUCUUCAAACCAUUCGAAGCAUUCCUCCCAGAAGUCAUCUCCCCUCAAAGGAAGGUCCCAUACAACCAAAAAUUAAUCUGGACUGGUGUCUCUCUAUUGAUCUUCUUGAUCCUAGGUCAGAUCCCCCUCUAUGGUAUCGUCUCCAGUGAAACUUCUGACCCAUUAUACUGGCUAAGAGCCAUGCUGGCCUCCAACCGAGGCACUUUGAUGGAAUUGGGUGUCUCCCCCAUCAUCACCUCCUCCAUGAUCUUCCAAUUCUUACAAGGAACUCAAUUGCUAAACGUCCAAUUGAACAACAAGAAUGACCGUGAAUUGUUCCAAGUGGCUCAAAAAGUCUGCGCUAUCGUCUUGACUCUAGGUCAAGCUGUCGUCGUCGUAUUGACGGGUAAUUACGGUGAUCCAAAGAGUAUCGGAUGGGCCAUCUCCCUAUUGCUAAUCUUCCAAUUGAUGUUUGCCUCCUUCAUCGUCUUAUUAUUAGAUGAAUUGUUGUCUAAGGGGUACGGGCUGGGUUCAGGUAUUUCCCUAUUCACCGCCACCAACAUUGCUGAACAAAUCUUUUGGAAGGCUUUCGCUCCAACUACCGUCAAUACCGGUCGUGGUAAUGAAUUUGAAGGUGCCGUCGUCGCAUUGUUCCAUUUGUUAGCUGUGAGAAAGGAUAAGAAGAGAGCUUUAGUCGAAGCAUUUUACAGAACGAAUUUACCAAACGUUUUCCAAGUCUUGGCUACCAUCGCUGUCUUCUUGUUUGUCUUGUAUUUGCAAGGGUUCCGUUACGAAUUACCAAUUAGAUCUACCAAGAUUAGAGGUCAAGUCGGUGUCUACCCAAUCAAAUUGUUCUACACUUCAAACACUCCAAUCAUGUUACAAAGUGCAUUGACUUCAAACAUUUUCUUAAUUUCUCAAAUGUUAUACCAGAAGUUCCCACAUAAUCCAAUCAUUAGAUUAUUAGGUGUUUGGGGUAUUAAACCAGGUACUCAAGGUCCACAAAUGGCAUUGUCUGGGUUAUCAUACUACAUUCAACCAUUAUUCUCCAUCUCUGAAAUCGUAUUGGAUCCAAUCAAGACUGUCAUUUACGUCUCCUUUGUCCUAGGUACCUGUGCCAUCUUCUCCAAGACUUGGAUCGAAAUCUCAGGUACUUCACCAAAGGACAUUGCCAAACAAUUCAAAGAUGAAGGUAUGGUCAUUAGCGGUAAGAGAGAAACUAACGUCUUGAAAGAAUUGAAACGUGUCAUCCCAACAGCUGCCGCAUUCGGUGGUGCCACCAUCGGUGCCCUAUCUGUCGGGUCCGAUCUAUUAGGAACCUUGGGUUCAGGUGCUUCCAUCUUAAUGGCUACCACCACCAUCUACGGCUACUACGAAAUUGCCGCUAAAGAGGGUGGUUUCACCAAGAACAUUGUUCCUGGAUUUUCAGAAUUGAUGUAA